ACGGUAUACAUAUGCAUACAUCAGUGUCGUCAGUAUCAAUUUUAUUUGACAUAUUUGCACUGAUUUGCACUUGUUUGUAUCAUUUGUGAACCGUGGCUCGUGCAAUCGUUUAUGAAUAAAAAUGGUAUUUCUGAACGCAAAAUUCAUUCUUUUAAUAAAUCUGAGUCUAUUGUCGGUUCAUACCAGUGUAGGGGAGAAUAAAUACUCCGCUGAGACAAAUAAGGCUAAAUAUGUAGACUCCUCGCAGUUGCCAACGUCUCUCAGAGACUUGGAUAAACCAUUCAGGAUGGCAAAAUUGAAUGUGCUUUGGGUUAAGGCCAAAAAUCGUCUAACUGAUAGCAAGCUGCAAUCAAUCUUCAGCGAUCUAAAGAUUCAUGACAAAGAAGAAAUUGCGUACAAGCAUUUCAAGUCCGAUGGAAAGGAUCCUGAUGGCUUAGAAGAGGCACAUCUGAGACAGAAGCUCAUCGGAAUAAUGAGUACGUAUGACCUAUUGGAACACUUUGUCGAGACUGAAGAUCCAAAGUUACUUAAAAUGCACAAAGCGUUAAACGAUGGUAGCAAUUAUGUUGCGAAGGAUGUAUUUAAUGAUAUAAGAUUGAACAAAUUAUGGGCUAAAGCUGAAAUGGCUGGUUUUACUGAUGAGGAGCUUGAGACUUUAAAACAAGAAUUUCAACAUCAUCAAGAAAAGGUGGAUGAAUACAUGAGUUUAUUGAAAGAACAGUCUAAAGAUUCAGAGAAGUCUGAAAAUAUCUUACAUCUUAAAUCAGAAAGCUGGAACGAGUUGGAAGAACAGGAGGAAUUAUCAAAUAAUAUACCAGAUCAGAAAAUAAGUCACAUGGAGAAGGCAAAUUUACUUCGGGAAAAACAUUUGAAGUUGAGAAAUGGAUUUGAUCGUUUAGACAGACUCACCGCAAAGGGACCAAAUCAUAAAGAAUUUAUAGAACCUAAAGUACAAGGAUUGUGGAAAAUUGCACUGGAAGCAAAAUUCUCUCCUGAAGAAUUAUCAUCUUUAAAGGAGGAACUUUUACACUAUGAAUCAAGGUUACUUAAGCUACGACAUUUACAUGCAGAGGAAGCUUUGGAAGCAGCGCAGAAAAAACAACUUCAUGAUUUAGAAAAUUCAACUGCAGAACAACACAUAAAGAAACAUAUUAGAACUGUACAAAAACUUCAUAUGGAUCUAGAAACUAAAAUCAUGCAGAAGCAUACGGAAUUAUAAAGAAAUUAUAUAAGAAGCUAUAGAUCAUUAUUAUUAAAAAAAAAAAUGCCAAAA